AUGGGUCGCGCUUAAAUGCCAGCGCGCCCUAACCCGAGCGGCCUGCGCUCUGCGCUGCCUGGAGAGGCGAAAGCGGCACCAGAGGGCGCCCCAAACUCAGCGCUGGCGAGAAGCUUCCGCGGGAGCGCAAGAGGGCGCGUUGCCGCCGCCGCCGCCGCCAAGUGGGUGGGGACGGGCAGACUGGCUGGCUGGCUGGCCGGCCGCGAUCUCCUUCCUGUUUGGCUCGGCUUCCUCCGGCGGCGGCGGCGGCGGGGAUGCCGCGCGGAAUGGCCGGGCGCCCGGGUCUCGCCAAGAAAUGAAAGGCAGCCAAGAGGAGAAGCCGGAGCCGGCCGCUUCUGCCGCCGCCCCUUCCCCUCUGCUCCGGCUGCUUUCCGCCCUCUUCUACGGGAUCUGCUCUUUCUGCAUCGUCCUGGUCAACAAGGCGGUGCUGACGGCUUACAGGUGAGGAGGAGGAGGACGAGCACCUGGACGGCUGGCGAUCCCGUGCACCGUCGGAGGUGGUGGGGGGACAAAACCCCCAACUUCCCCCUCCCCGAUCGUGGUUGUGAGAUCCGGUUCCUGCCCCUGCCCCAUUCAAAAGCUACUUUUCUACCCAAGACUUCCUUGCAGCGUCCGUCCCCGCUGCCUCUGGGCACCGAUCCUACUAACUCGACGGCAACCCACCCACCCCAUUUGUCCCUGGCUGGGCCACAAACCUCCUUCAUCGGUACUUCUCUUUCACCCCUCUGUAAAUAAUGUUUCCCCCCAUCUCUUCUUGAACUCACACUUGCAUUUUGCAAGGUGUUUGGUGACUGGGAAGCUCAGUGUGAGAGCAUCAGGUUUCCUGUUCAGGUCUCUUUGGGGAGACAGUGUGGUGUAGUGGUUAGAGUGUUGGGCUUGGCGCUGGAAGAGACCUGGGUUCAAAUCCCUGCUGGGCCAUGAAGCUCUGGGGUGACCUUGGGCCAGUUACUCUAUCUAAGCUUCACAGGGUUAUUGUAGGGAUUAAUGAGGAGGCAGAGAACAAUGUGUUCCCUCCUUAGAGGAAAAAGUGAGAUAUAGAAUUCAAUAAAUAUCGUUCGAAAUUUGGACAGCUUUGGCUUUGGUGGCAAAGGUUGAACUGAGCUCCAGAGCUUCUCAGUCCAAAGUUCUUGCUCAGCUGUUGCUUUUUCUGGUGGUUAGCCAGCUUGGGAGGGUGGAAAUGCAGGAAUGUGUUUCAUGAAUCAUACGCAUACAGUCAAAACUAACAGCUUUCAUGGUUCAAGAAUGCAUUCUUCAACAAUUUCUCUUUUUUACUUUAUUUAUCCAUACAUUUCUAAACCCUUAAAUCAAAUGGAAGAAGAAGAAAAAAAGCUUCUCAAAGCAGUGUACGCAGGCCACAUGGCAAUCUAAGCUUGUGCAAAUAAAGAUGUUUUAAGCUGGUAUCUAAAACUAAGCACAGAAGACACCUCUUUUAAUAUGUGAAUUCCUCAGUACUACAGGCAGUACUACAUUACAAACUCCCAUUUCUUUUAGCUGUCAAACUCAGAUAUCACACAGGUCAGUUAGCAGUGCUUCUCCAGCAGAUCACAAAGGACAGACAGACAUGUAUUAGGGCUGCCGUACGUUCUGAUUUUCCCAGACUUUACUGGGAUUUCAAAGGUGGAAUUGACGUCCGAGGAGAAUUUCUGAAAGGUGGCACUUUGUCCUUGAUCUUAGACAAGUCAAUAGGAAAACCACUUUUUGGGGGGUGGGUCUUAAAAAAGCUCAGCAAGUUUGGGGUGUCCUGGUUUUUACUUUUUGAAACAUGGCAGCCCUAAUGUAUGGAUAAAGGUGGUCCUUCAAGUAGGCUGGGCUUUAUAUGUGAAUAGUUACCUCUUAAAUUUGGCCUGAGAGCAUAUUGACUGCCAGCAGAGAUCUUUAACCAGCAGUGUCUGGACCACUAUGGCCUUGGUCCAGGAACAGCUGCAGCCAUAGCUGUCAACUUUCCCCCUUUUUAAAGGGAAAUUCCCUUAUUCCAAAUAGGAUUCCUCGCAAGAAAAGGGAAAAGUUGACAGCUAUGGCUGCAGCUGUUGCAUCAGCUGGAACUGAUAAUGGGCAUUCCAAGCCUCAGGGGGCACCUGCACCCGAGGCGACAAAAGAUGGAUCAAGAAGCACCCCCAGAAUGUGGAGCUCGCCUACAAAGAGAGUGCAGCCCCAUCUAAAACCAGCAACAGGCCUAUCUCCCGGACAUAGGAGCCACUCAACCAUAGAUCCUCCAUCUUGAGCUGUGUGGAGAGGGAGCUCUUUGAAAACUAGAACUUCCCAUAGGGCAAGAUGGCUGUUGAAUGGUCCUGUGGUUGCAGUUGACGGGGGGGUGGGGAAGAGUCCAUCUCACACAGAACAGCAAGAGCUAGAUGGGGGGCAGCUUUCCCCAUAGGGCCAGAUGGUCCUCAGAAAGCCCUGUGGUGGCUGCUGGGAGAGGAAAAGGCCUCCUCAGUUGGGAUAUGGGAGCUGGAUGUGAGAGAUCGCCAGAUUCAUGAUUAAACUCCCAUCAGCUCCAGCAAGCAUGGUCAAUGGUCAAGGAAGAUGGGAGUUGCAGUUCAUCAUCAUCUGGAGGAUCAAAGGUUCCCUACUCCUUCUGAAACGUGUAAAGUCCACUGGAUCACAGUCUUGAGCCUGUACAAGCAAAAUAACUCCUGGCUUUGGGGUCACCUUCCAUGUGCAAAACUCUUCCCUCGAGUCAGAAAUAGCCCUUUUGUGAGUGGUAGAGACUUUCUGCUUGUGGAAGGGAAUCUUUGCAUCCCACCAUGUAACAUUUUAUUUUUUUAUUUCUAAGUAAUGAUAAAUAGUUUUACAGCUGUGGUUUCUUCCCAAGGCUUGCUGGGAACUAUAAAGUUCUAUGAGAAGACCACAUCUCUGUAGCAGGAAAUGUUCAAUGCGAUCACAAAAGUACGAUUCCAAGCAGCUUGUCAAAACAAUGGAAGUUUUAGUCUGUAGCUUCAGAAUCAGGCAGCUUUUCAUCUUUCUUUGCCAAAGGAAAAAUAAAGUCCUGCCAGAUUAGAGAAAUAGGUUCAUAUGCUGUUGAUGAGAAUUGCAUAGAAAAAUUGCCAAGUAAUCUGUACUGGCAACUUUUGCCUGUCUCGUCUUUCAAUUGUCAUGAAAAUAUUGUAUUGAAAAGCUAACUGCCCCCCCUCAAUUUGCACUAACCUUCUUUGAAAGGGGAUAAGCCAAUUUUAUUUUCCUUCAAGCAAUAUCAGAACCUAACUUGAAGAGCUGUUAUAUUUUCUUUCGUUUUAUCAACAUCUUCAAGAGCUUUGUUUCUUUCUGAAAUAAAUAAAGAAUUGUCUAAAUCUUGUUUUGUUUUGUUUUUAAAUUGCAUCUGAUACAGUUUUCUUUUCUUUCUAGAUUCCCAUCUCCAGUGUUUCUUGGAGUAGGACAGGUAUGUUCAAAGAUUAAGGUAAAGGGACCCCUGACCAUUAGGUCCAGUCGUGGCCGACUCUGGGGUUGCGGUGCGCAUCUCGCUUUAUUGACCGAGGGAGCAGGCGUACAGCUUCCGGGUCAUGUGGCCAGCAUGACUAAGCCGCUUCUGGCGAACCAGAGCAGCGCACGGAAACACCGUUUACCUUCCUGCUGGAGUGGUACCUAUUUAUCUACUUGCACUUUGAUGUGCUUUCAAACUGCUAGGUUGGCAGGAGCAGGGACCAAACAACGGGAGCUCACCCCGUUGCAGGGAUUCGAACCGCUGACCUUCUGAUCGGCAAGUCCUAGGCUCUGUGGUUUAACCCACAGCGCUACCCGUGUCCCUUAUGUUCAAAGAUUAAAAGGUUCUAAAUGACAGAUAGCUUAAAGCUAGCUCCAAAAUAUGGGUUUUGUUGAUGUCAGUGGCUUGGGAUAUCAGGGUUGAAUGACUUCCGAUUAAGGUUUAAGGCCUAUUCAUGCAAUUCUGUAACUUUGGGUGGGAAAGGGCUGAAGCUCAGUGGUAGAGCCUUGCACACGGGAGAUCUCAUGUUAAAGUCUCUGGCAUCUCCACGUAUAGCUGGGAGAGACUCUCAUCCAAAACCCUGGAGUGGUACUGCUUUUUUGUUGUUGUUUAGUCAUUUUGUCGUGUCCGACUCUUCGUGACCCCAUGGACCAGAGCAUGCCAGGCCCUCCUGUCUUCCACUGCCUCCCGCAGUUUGGUCAAACUCAUGUUGGUAGCUUCGAGAACACUGUCCAACCAUCUCGUCCUCUGCCGUCCCCUUCUCCUUGUGCCCUCCAUCUUUCCCAACACCAGGGUCUUUUUCAGGGUGUCUUCUCUUCUCAUGAGGUGGCCAAAGUAUUGGAGCCUCAGCUUCACGAUCUGUCCUUCCAGUGAGCACUCAGGGCUGAUUUCCUUCAGAAUGGAGAGGUUUGAUCUUGUAGACCAUGGGACUCUCAAGAGUCACCUCCAGCACCAUAAUGCUAGUCAGUGUCAAUACUGAGCUACGUUGACCAAUGGUCUGACUCAGGACAUGGUAGCUUCAUAUGUCCCAUCAUGUGAGAUGGGAGAGUCCAGACAGGACCCCUGGAGCUUCCCCUAUAUUGCACCACCAUCUCUGGCUUCAUCAACUGAUCAGGAUCUUGAAUCACAUGUCACAUUUCAUGUGUCGAGGAGAUGCAUGUCUGUAGCAGGGGCGUUCUCUACUCUUGAAGGUUUCCUGCCACAGACAUGCACCUUCUUGACACAUGAAAUGUGACAGUAAUGUGGCAGAGGGGACAGGGCCAAAAAUAGUGCCCCAGCUCUCCGCACUUACAUGACUGAAAUUGUGUGAGGGGAACACCUGAGUAGUAUGUUUAUUCACCUUCGUCUCAAAAUGGAUGAAAUGCAGAUUGGUUGCUUCCUUUUGAGUACAGUCGUACCUUGGAAGUCGAAUGAAAUCCAUUCUGGAAGUCCAUUCGACUUCCAAAAUGUUUGGAAACCAAAGCACAGCUUCUGAUUGGCUGCAGGAAUCUCCUGCAGCCAAUUGGAAGCUAUGGAAGCCCCGUCAGACAUUUGGCUUCCAAAAAUACAGUGGACGCUCGGGUUGUGAACGUGGGUUGCAAUUCGGCACUUCUGUGCAUGCGCAAUGCACGGUUUAGUGCUUCUUCGCAUGCGUGACCCCUGAAACCCGGAAGUAACCCAUUCCGGUACUUCCGUGUUUCAGGGGGUCAGUAACCUAAAAAAACGCAACCUGAAGCGUCUGUAACCCGAGGUAUGACUGUAGUUUGCAAACCGGAAAAGUCACUUCCAAGUUUGCGGCGUUUAGGAGCCAAAACGUUUGAGAACUAAGCUGUUCGAAAACCAAGGUAGGACCGUACAACCUAGUCACUAAUGUACAACUUGAGGUGUGCUCCAGCCAUAAAGCUGGGAUACAGUGACCAUGGUGGCAUGUAACACUGAACCGUGGUUUAGCGCUGCAUGCACGAGCUAGAAUGAGCACAACCAGAAUCUUGGACUUGCACUUCUGCAUAGCCAGGAAAAGGACUUCUGCAAUGUUUAGUUUCACUUUCAAGGAAUGCUGACUUAGUGCUGGAUAUGAACCAUGGUCUAAAACAAACCCCAUUUUCUUUCUAAACAAGCCAAUUUCAAUCCAUAGCCUUGUUGAGUCACAAAAGUUUUCAACCGUGAUUUCCCUUUAACUGGAGAUUCUUUGAAAGCAAAACUAAACACCGCAGAAUUCAGGCCAUAUGGAGGGAGGGCAGGCCGACAGAGCCCAAGCCCAGUGCUUUGCUCGGACUCAUUCUAGCUUGUUACAGUGGUACCUCGGGUUAAGUACUUAAUUCGUUCCGGAAGUCCAUACUUAACCUGAAACUGUUCUUAACCUGAAGCACCACUUUAGCUAAUGGGGCCUCCUGCUGCUGCCACGCCGCCGGAACACAAUUUCUGUUCUCAUCCUGAAGCAAAGUUCUUAACCUGAAGCACUAUUUCUGGGUUAGCGGAGUCUGUAACCUGAAGCGUAUGUAACCCAAGGUACCACUGUACAGUACAUUCAAAGCUUCCCAGUGGCACUGCCGUUCUGGAUGUGCAGUGCAGACUGUGACCAGUUUGCACGGUGGUUAUGUUCUGGACCCCCAUGCGUGUAGGUGGGCCCGCUUAAGGCCACUCUGCCUCGUUCUUCCCCCUUUCCUUUUUUUUAAAUACAUUUUUAUUGUUUUUUUAAACAUAUUUCCAACAAUCAUAUAACAUAACUUCUUAUCUUAUACAAUGUUUUAGACUUCCGUCAACACCUCUGAUGAUUUUUCGUUCUUUAUCACUUACUCUGCAUUUCUUAAUUUCUCUAUUACUCUUAAUUAUCAUUAACUAAUAAUUCUCCUCAUAGUCUUUCUUGCAAUAUUUCAAAUAGUCCUCCUUAGAAAACUUCUUGCUGUCCUACUAGCGUAGUCUGUUCAUUACAGUUACUUUUCAAAUAGUUUGUAUAUUUACUCCAGUCUUCUAAGAAUCUCUGGUCCUGCAGGUUGCCUGUUAGUUUAUCAAAUUCUGCAUAGUCCAUCAAUUUCAUCUGCCAUUCUUCUUUUGUCAGUAAUUCUUCUUGCUUCCAUUUUUGUGCCAGUAAUAUUCCUGCUGCUGUCAUUGCAUAUAAAAACAACUUACAAUCCUGUCUAUUAAUAUCAUCUCCUACAAUGCCAAGUAAAAAUGCAUCUGGUUUCUUAAUAAAUGUAUAUUUCAACAUCUUUUUCAUCUCAUUAUAUAUUAUUUCCCAGAAGUUUUUCACUUUUUUACAUCCCCACCACAUGUGAUAGAAAGUUCCUUCCUUUUCUUUACAUUUCCAACAUUUAUUACUUGUUUUAUACAUUCUAGCUAAUUUCACAGGGGUAAUAUACCACCUAUACAUCAUUUCCAUCACAUUUUCUUUCAAAGCAUUGCAUGCAGUAAAUUUUAAUCCUUCUUUCCAUUGUUUCCCCCAAUCUUUUAACUGUAUAUUAUACCCACAAUCUUUGGCCCAAUGUAUCAUAACCGACUUUACCUCUUCAUCUUUCAAAUGCCAUUCAAGCAGCAAUUUAUACAUUUUGGACAAAAUUUUAUACUUGUUAUUCAAUACUUCUAUUUCAAAUUUUGAUUUAUUAUCAUCAAAUCCUUUCUCCCCGUUCCUCCCCCUUCCAGCUCUGCCCCAUUCUGCCCCUUUUAGCAAUGUUUUUGUGACAUUUUGCGGUCACUUCCAGGUUUGGCGCAGUGCAAAUGUGCGCGGUCACACACAUAUCUGACACGCCUAAAAUGGUUGCUGCCAUUGGUUAGGAUCUGCCUCUACUGGUGAAGUCUGCAAACAUGGAAUGCCUGUUAGAAUCACUGUGCACCAAUGUAGCUUUUCUGCAGACUAACAGAGAGUGUUUUGUGAUUCACCCACCUGCAUAUUUGAAAUAGUAUUUUGCUGUUGCGUACAUGACAAUUAUUAUUUUGCUUUUUAGAUGGUAACCACUAUCCUGAUCUUAUAUGUGUCAAAACUGAAUAGAAUCAUUCACUUUCCCGAUUUUGAUAAGAGUAUUCCUAUGAAGGUAAGACAAAGUGCAUAACUUUAGAAAGUGAAAAUCCUAAUCUGAUGCUAUGUUAUAGGUUGCAUAAUAUAAUCAGUGCUUUAGAGCUUUUCUGCCCCAUGCUUGUCUAGGCACCAUAGGGAAUACUGAGUUUUCUCUCCAACAAAGUAUGUAAUGCUAAACCAUGGUUUACUGCAGGCAUGAUGAUGAUGAUGAUGAUGAUGAUGAUGAUAAUAAUAAUAAUAAUAAUAAUAAUAAUAAUUUUUUAUUUAUACCCUGCCCAUAUGGCUGGGUUUCCCCAGCCACUCUGUGCGGCUUCCAACUGAAUAUUAAAAACAAUACAGCAUCAGACAUUAAAAACUUCCCUAAACAGGGCUGCCUUCAGUUGUCUUUUAAAAGUAAAAUAGUUGCUUAUUGCCUUGACAUCUGAUGGGAGGGUGUUCCACAGGGCUGCUUAGGGAAGUUUUUUAAGUUUGACGUUUUAUUGCGCUUAUUCUGUUGGGAACCGUCCAGAGUGGCUGGGGAAACCCAGCCAGAUGGGUGGGGUAUAAACAAAUUUUUUUAUUUUAUUUUAAUUUUUUUAAGUCAAACGGACUUCUGGAACGGAUUCUGUUUGACUUCCAAGGUACGACUGUAUAUGAAUAGCAUCCUUGCUUCUCCCUGUACCAGUUCUUAUACAGCCAAAAAGGCAGGAGUCGCUUGCAAGAGCAGAGGGUAACAGCAGGCUUGGGGUGGCUUCUCCUCUCUCACACUCCUAUUCAUUCAAUUACACAGUGGACUUUGUGUUCAAUGCUGCCUCUGAAUUGGCCCCCACCUGGCGAACUGUGUGCCGUGUAGAUCCAUAUUUUUCAGCCCAGAUGUUGGGCUGGAAACAUUAGAACAAACAUAGGCUGCAAUUCUCUACAGUCAUAUGGAAAUGAGCCCCAUUAAACACGAAGUGCUCCAAGUAAACAUCCAUUAGAUUUUUAAUCUUUCAACUUGGCCCAUGUUUAUUGAGUCUUUACAGCAGGGGUGUGGAACCUUUGGUCCUCCAGAUGGUGUUUGACUCCAACUCCCAUCAGCCCUAGUCAGUGUGGGAUGAUAGGAUUUGGAGUCCCAACAAAUUCUCCACCCCUACUUUAUAAUGUGAAAUGGUUGCCUUCUGCUGCCCUCUUGUUAGGCUUAAAGGUAAAGGGACCCCUGACUGUUAGGUCCAGUUGCAGACAACUCUGGGGUUGCAGCGCUCAUCUCGCUCUAUGGGCCGAGGGAGCCGGCGUUUGUCCACAGACAGCUUCCGGGUCAUGUGGCCAGCAUGACUAAGCCGCUUCUGGCGAACCAGAGCAGCACACGGAAACGCCGUUUACCUUCCCACCAGAGUGGUACCUAUUUAUCUACUUGCACCUUGAUGUGCUUUCGAAUUGCUAGGUUGGCAGGAGCAGGGACCAAGCAACGGGAGCUCACCCCGUCACGGGGAUUCGAACCGCCAACCUUCUGAUCGGCAAGCCCUAGGCUCUGUAGUUUAGACCACAACGCCACCCGCAUCCCUUUGUUAGGCUUAGUGGGGUCAAAAUUGUGGUUGGUGUAAACAUGACGUGUUGAUUUUUUCCUUUAUUUUAUUUUCAUGGUUCCUGGUAAUCUUCAUUUUUGUGAGAUCAAACUUCUUUUAUUGAAAUAAGCAGGGCCUGGAAUGUUGCAUAAAACAUUGCCAAAGUUCAAAAGUGGCAAUCAUUUACAAAGUUUGCCGUUUGCUGUAUUUACUUUUUUCUCUCUGUGCUGGAGUGUAUGAACUAACUUGAAUAGAUUUCUUCCACAGUUUCAGGAAAAAAACUGGUUUCAUUCUAAAUGGUACCCUCAUUUUGUUGCAGCUGUUUCCACUUCCUCUCAUUUACGUCGGGAAUCACAUAAGUGGAUUAUCAAGUACAAGCAAGUUAAGGUACAGCAUAAAUUGGGUUGUUGCCGGGCAGUUUGGUUUUUAUUUAGCCCCUGUAAGUGAAAAUGUUUUGAGACUAUUAGAGCCGUGGUGUAGCUACAUGUUGAUUGAAUGAGAGCCAUAUUGCCACAUCCGCAGAUUGUUUUGGACAACACACACUGGGUAAAAUUGCUCUUAUGUGCUGCGUGAGGCAGUUAGAAAGGAUUAGUACAUACCUUCCGUUGAUUUAUUUUAUUUUAUUUAUUAUUUAUUUAUUUUAAAAAAUAUUUAUGUACCUUCCACUCAAAAUAUCAAGGUGCUGUUCAACAAUAUAUAGAAAUGCAAUAAAACAUAAGCUAUAUAAAGCAAUAAUAAUAAGAGGGGGGGAAAUCUAAACCACUGAAUACGCCUAUCAGUAUAGCGCAGGGUAGGGCAUGAGAGUCUUAAUCUCAGGGUCAAGGGUUCGAAAGAUUCCUUCCAACUGCAUGAUUCUGUGAAAAGCAUUGAAAAAUCUUCAAGAGACGUUUGAAAGUUAACAGCAAGGAGGCCUGCAGAGAGAGGGCAGGGAGAGUAUUCUCUGCAUGCGAGUAGCAACAUUAAAGACCUGACUUGUAGUUGAAGCCCGUCAGGCUUCUGAAACAUGGGGAACUAGCAGCGCUCUUCCUGAUGAACUCAGUGACUGCGCUGGGAUAUAAAGGCUUUGUUUAUCAAUGCAAGAGCCUUGAACCUGGCCUUGUGGCAUAUGUGUAACCAGGUGUAUGUCCACCAUCUGUGUGAAGUUAGGGUUGCCAUAUUUUGAAGAGCAAAAAAAAAAAGAGGAUGCUAUGACGGCCAUUCCAAGCAAAUAAAUGCAAUUUGUCUCAAAUUUUACCCCUGAAAAAGAGGGCGGGUCCUGGAAAAAGAGGAACCCUACCCAAAGUACAGCUCUGAAAGGAAUUGAAUCUUUUAUUUGGAGUCAUUGCGCACCCCCCUUGAACCUUAUGCCCAGUAAAGAAGUUCACGCACCAGGAUGUAGAGGAAGAUAGGUUUAUUGCAUGAAAAAUAAAAGAGGCUGAGCGCACAGAUGCUCCUUCGGGCUGCUAGGUAGCAAACACCCAGGCAGCAAAUUGCACAAUACACACACACAGCUUAAUUGUAAAGAUACCUCAGCCUGGAAGUGGGUGUACAGUGGUACCUCGGGUUACAUAUGCUUCAGGUUAAAGACUCCGCUAACCCAGAAAUAAUACCUCGGGUUAAGAACUUUGCUUCAUGAUAAGAACAGAAAUUGUGCUCCGGCGGCGCAGCGGCAGCGGGAGGCCCCAUUAGCUAAAGUGGUGCUUCAGGUUAAGAACAGUUUCAGGUUAAGAACGGACCUCCAGAAUGAAUUAAGUACUUAACCCGAGGUACCACUGUAUCGAUGUGGCACAGGCCCAUGCUAAAAGAAAAAGGGGAGGCUGUCCGUACUCGGUCUUGAAGCAAGCCGAGUGCAAGUCAGGGAUAGAGAUCUAUGCUUUCCGUGUGAGUUGAGCUCUCCGCUUCCGUUUCCUAUGCCAGCAAGGCAGCAGAAUCUCACGCCCAUUCUUUGAUUUGCGGUCUAGUGAAGUGCUGGGAUAAUUCUUGAGAUCAUAGAGCAAAGAGGGAGGAAGACGAGGGAGGGAGGGAAGGGGGAGUAAGAGACCAAAAUAUGACCUCCAGUAAGGGAACCUAGAUAAUCAGCUACAGGGAUCCCAUUGGAGCUGUGAGCUACCUGACCAUUGGAAAUUUGGUGUUUAAUUAUAGUUUAGGUUCCACCAGUUUUCUAAGAAAAAUGUUUAGGGGUACAGUGGUACCUUGGGUUACAUACGCUUCAGGUUACAUAUGCUUCAGGUUACAGACUCUGCUAACCCAGAAAUAGUACCUCGGGUGAAGAACUUUGCUUCAGGAUGAGAACAGAAAUCGUGCAGCAGCAGGCCCCAUUAGCUAAAGUGGUGCUUCAGGUUAAGAACAGUUUCAGGUUAAGAACGGACCUCCGGAACGAAUUAAGUACUUAACCCGAGGUACCACUGUACUCUCAUUUUCCUACUCAUAUUGAAAUACUGCCCCUCAAUGAGGCCAAACUUAGAUUCACAAAAUACAGUGGUACCUCUGGUUGCGAACAGGAUCCGUUCCUGAGGCCAGUUCGCAACAUGAGCAGAACACAACCCGUGCCUGUGGGUCGAGAUUUGCCGCUUCUGCGCAUGCACGUGACAUCAUUUUGAGUAUCUGUGCAUGUGCGAGCAGUGAAACCCAGAAGUAACCCUUUCCGGUACUUCCGGAUCGCCGCAGGACGCAACCUGAAAAUGCUCAACCUGAAGCAAACGUAACAUGAGGUAUGACUGCAUUUAGGGGUAUGCGUACCCCUGCGUACCCCCAGGAAAAAAGCAAUGGGUUCUACUGUAAUCUGUGGAGAGGGGAGGGGACUUCCUGGCUGAGCGAAUAUCACAAUACUUUAGUCAUUUGAACCAUUGUAUAUUCCUGUUUGCUGAGAUACAUUUGAAGCAGAAGGGACACAACCUUAAUCUCAGGAAGACCGUAUGCUUCUCGAAUCAUAAUUUUACCCUUGAAAGAGGAUUUUAUUGUGUGUGUGUGAAGCCUGGUUCCUACGUACAGGAGGGUGAUGAUUAACUUUCUGGUGACUUCAAGUUUAGUGUGCUGAUGUUUUCCGUAAGCAUUAACGAUCAUGAUGUUUGCUGUACCUUCCCGGCUACGUUUCAGGUAAAAGAUAGUGUUUUAUAUUUGAUUCACGCUAGCUCCAUGAUCUCCAGAAAGGAAGCAUGUAAAAAAUUGAGACUAGCCCCCAUCGUUACACGUGGGCAACUGGUGCAGAUGCUUUAGCAGAGAUGUCACAUGCUGUCAGCCGCCUGAACAGUGUUUAUGGGAACCAAUGCCCACAGAGCCUCCAUCUUUCCAGAGUUCUGACUCCAUUUACUGGAGCUCAGCCCACUCACAACUGCAUUUGGGCUUGGGCAGCCACUCCUGAAUCAGAUGAGAAAUAAAGCUUAGGUGUCACCAGUGUACUGAUGCCAUCAUGCUCCAAAACUCCUAGGGACAUAUCCAAUGUUGUCUUGAUAUGGGUUUGUUGUUUUUGUAGAAGUCCUUCAGACAGUGUAGGCCUUUGGCUUUCCAGGUUUUUAUCGGGAGGUUUUGUGCUGCGUGUUGGAAUAGUGGGCGGUAGGCCAGGGGGAUGGGGAUAGUUUGCCUACUUUUCCCUGUGUGAACCUGUUCAGAGUUGUGGGGAUUUUCUUUAGAUUGUGUUGCAGAAAUGGGUAUGCUGUUGUGGGGGAUGUUUUUGAUGGCGUCUCUCUCCAAAUAGACCCAUUGUUUCGCCUCGUCUUCUAGAAUAUGCCGGAUUAUGUGGUGUACUUGGCUGGCAAUGUAAUAUGAUUCUGCGCCGGGCAUUUCCCAUCCUCCUCCUGGGGGGAGGAGGUACAGGUAUCUGGGGCUUAUUCUCAGCUUUUUGUGUGAGAAAAUAAACGAGUGUGGGUUUUUCCUGCCACUUCUGCAGUUGGGUUCGCGGAGAGCCUACCCAAUGUUGAUGUUUGUCCUCAGGGACAAAAUGGCGCCUUGUGGAAUCUGCUGCUCUCCGGACUGUUCAGUGCAAGGAGGAAUGAAAUCACUGAAAUACAGUGUCUCCGGUAUCCAUCCUGAGCACUCAGCCCAGGAGGUUACCAUAGUCAGUGGUCUCAAAAGUGGCUGAAAGACGUGAGUGGCACCCCCUCUCUCAAUAAAAAUCAUCCAUUCAAGCAACCAAGGCCGAUUCAGCCCCAAUACCUUUGACAGUGACUGCCCUGAUGCCUUGGCCUAUAGCUAGUGAUUGUUGGGAGACAUUAUAUCAUUUAUUUAUUUAACAAGAAGCAUAAAUGAAUAUAUAUUUUUUAAAAAACCUCUUCUUAAAUGGUUUGCACAAAACCUUAAUUGACUCAUUGCUUCUUAUUUCUUGCUUAUAAUUUGCUCUUUCUCUGAGCAGAGCCAAGAGUGGCUAACAAUGGAUGCAAUAAACAGCACAAUAUUAAAAUGAAUUAGUUGGCAUGAAAUACAGUUGCCGCAGUCCAAAGCAGGCGGCGGCACAAUAAAACAUUGCAACAAAGCCAUCCUCGUGGUGCUCCAAAAGCCAUUGAAAAUAAAUAAAUUCACUUUAACUCGGUGCCUGACAUCCAUAGAAUGUGAGGGACAAUUGGAGAUCUGUACUGGGAGGGAAUUCCGUAAGUGGGGUACAGCCACUAAGAAUUAUUCUGCUGCAUGUUACGAGCAUCCCCAGCUGAUCUUAAAGCCCUCAUUGGUUGAUACUAUGACUUUUUCUUCAUUGACUAUUGUGCUGUGCAGAGUUUUGCUUUAUUUUUUGAAUUGUCACUUCCAACUAUUCUGUUGUGUAUUAGGCCUGUGGUGUCAGACUGACAUUUGACCAUGACAGAGGCUGAGAAUUUGUUCAGGCCCGUUUCUUAAUGCAGGAUGAUAUCAUUAGCAGAGACAAAGAAGCAUUAAUUGUAAUAAAAAAACCUUGAAACUGACAUGACAUGGAUAUUUUCCCCCUCUCUUUCUAUUUUAAACAAUCCAGUUUGCCAAUGUUUACAGUCCUUAGGAAGUUUACCAUUCCUCUUACAUUACUGCUGGAAGUGAUUGUUCUUGGGUGAGUAUUUGCCUCCCAUUUUUAAAAUACCACUGCAAUCUAUCAGAUAGGCUAUCUGGCCAGAAUGCAUGGAUGAGUAGUUCCUGUUGGCUAAUUGAAUUUUGACGAUAAUAUUCGGGCUUCUCAGAACACUAUGCACUGGGUACAAAACAGACACCAGUUAAUCUACGAGCACUAGAAACUUGCAGCAAAAGAAUUGGCUUGUUAGUUUGACUCAGUAUGUGAAGUUCAGCCCUCCACCCCAUAAUACCCCGCUGGUUUCUCGGCCCAACAGUAGAAUGACAGCAGAAGCCACAUCUUCUACAAAACUCUCAAAGGUACUGUGCACAUCUGGACCUCAUAACCUUGUCCUCCCAGACUUCCCUUAUCUUCUCCUUCUCAUUGGCUCCUGAUAUAUCCAUGCCCCAAUCACAUACUGUUUUCCAGAUUUUUUUAGCACACGGCUUUCUUCGUUUCAUUUCCUUUCCUUACCUUGACCUCCUUGUAUUCCAUCUUCUCGAACUUUCUUCAGGUUCCUGUUCUCAGUUCAUUGCCAACAUGACACCCUUCCUUCAUCUUUCCUUUCCAGUCAGUAGCCUGCCUAUCGUGCUUUUCCUGUUCCUAGGGCUGGGGAGAGAUGAUCCCAACGAAACUGACAGCUGUUCUCCACCUCACAGAAUUUGGAUCACAAAGAUUCCUUGCUUCCAGAGCAUUUGGAAUAUUUGUGAACAUUAUAACAUCACACCAUCUCAGCCAGGCUGUGUCACAAUGCAGUAAAGAUUGCAAUAUGCCUUUGAGUCAGGCUCCUUAAUGAUUGGGUCAUAAAGGGGUUUUCUCCUAUUAAUGUCCCAAAUCGAAUUUAUUUCACUCACACAUGAAAGGAAAAGGAUUUCCCUUUUCUGUGGAGCAUCAGGCACUGCCACAAGCAUGAUGUUAGAGCUGCAACGCUUUGCAUUUUUGCCGAAAUCAGAUGAAUCAUGUACAAGUUUGGAAUGUAGAUUAUUGGGAUUUAUUAUGGGUGUUCCCAAAUGCUUUCAUAGUGGAGAGGGAGGAUGUAAUCCCAACUCAAAGUUAGCACUGAGCUUUUGCAAGAAUCCCAGUGCAUUGCAAGAAGUUCAUCGUAAAACCAAUUAGCAAUUUGCAUAGAGUAUUUUCAGGAUUCUACAUAUACUCUUACUGCAGGGGCCAGCAAACUUUUUCAGCAGGGUCCACUGUCCCUCAGACCUUGGGGGGGGACGACGACUAUAUUUUGAAGGAAAAAAAUGAACGAAUUCCUAGGCCCCACAAAUAACCCAGAGAUGCAUUUUAAAUAAAAACGCACAUUCGACUCAUGUAAAAACUCGCUGAUUCCCGGACCGUCUGCAGGCCGGAUUUAGAAGGCGAUUGGGCCGGAUCUGGCCCCCUGCCCUUAGUUUGCCUACCCAUGUCUUACUGUAACCGUCUCUUGUCGCUGAAUCAUUAAGUAUACAGUCUUAUACACAAUUGUCUGGGACUAUGUACCACGGGACAAAAUUGUGAGUAGACCUGUCUCAGAUUUGCAUUGUAAGAUGAAGAGAGUGAAGAGAGUUUGGAUUUGAUACCCCGCUUUAUCACUACCCGAAGGAGUCUCAAAGCGGCUAACAUUCUCCUUUCCCUUCCUCCCCCACAACAAACACUCUGUGAGGUGAGUGAGGCUGAGAGACUUCAAGAAGUGUGACUAGCCCAAGGUCACCCAGCAGCUGCAUGUGGAGGAGCGGGGACACGAACCCGGUUCACCAGAUUACAAGUCCACUGCUCUUAACCACUACACCACACUGGCUCUCAUAAGAUACAGAUGGCUCUGUCUGGAGAUGCAUUUGCUUUUGUUUGUGUGAGAUACUUCAUUGCCCCUUUCCAUGGCUGGAGUUUCCCUCUUCUUUGAGCUAUCCCCUGGGAACUCCACUAAGCCACUGGAGCUUGUGCAUCAGAAACAAAUCCCUGGAAAGGCAUCACAAAUGAUCCCUGGCUUUGACUGACCUAUUUGUAAGACAGAAUGGGAGCAUAGGCCUUUCACUGAGCCAGACCAUUACUCAUUACAACAUUUUUUGCUGUGUUAUCCAGGGUUUCAGGUGGUAAUAUUUCCCAGCUCUUCCUGAAGAGCCCAGGGAUUAAAACUGGGAUCUACAACCCUUUUUAAAGGAAGCUUCAACAUAUUUUAGAAUGGGGGGAAAUUGGAAUCUUGUCAGCCUGCAGGUGCUGUAUGAUUAAAAGAAAUAAACCUAAUUCUUUUGUUUCGUUCUGCUGUAUCAUAAACCACUUUCUGAGAGGCAUAAUACUGGUUCACAUAAGUGUUUAGUUUGAUUAGUGUUCAUCCUAAUUAUAAACUGAAUAGGAUCAACCAUGCGGUUUCUCUUUACAGGAAGCGCUAUUCACUGAGCAUUGUAAUUAGUGUGUUCGCAAUCAUCAUUGGAGCUUUCAUAGCAGCAGGGUAAGAUUUUAAAGUCCUUUCCUUCUGUGUUGGAUCGUUGUUUCUUGAGUGUACCACAAGAAUGAAACCAUUUCGCCAGGAACUGUCAGAAGAAUUAGUGCAGGAGAUGGCUGGUGCAAAAUGCUUUUAUUCCGUAGUCCUUUACAUCCCAUAAUGUACGAGCCGCAUGCGACCCUUUGGCUGAUGUCAAUGUGGCCUGCAGUCUCGCUUCCCAGCUGGUUCUUUCCCCACCCUGCUGCCCUCAGUGGUGGACAUUGGGCUCUCAAAUUUCAGCAGCCCUAAAAUUUGGCACACCUCCCAACUCUCGUGCUCAGUUCUGCAGCACUGUUUUGCUGCCCUCCGCAGCACGGAGCCCAGUGCGGCCACACCAGUUGUGCCGCCCUAAAACCGCCUCUGUUUCCCUGCUGAUUGGUGCUGGAGACAGCAGAGCAAUGCGCUGAUCUGCACAUGCCUCAGCUGCUCUCAACACUGGUCCAUUGAUUUCCUCUCCUUUGACAGCGCACUGCCUUUUCCAUACCAUAUAAAAACUACAACUAAAUCUCUCUUCAGUUCCAAAAGAUGGGCUGUUGCUGGAGACACACAAGUCCAAGGCCUUCCUUGAGUGCUUGGAAUUAUUUGCACUGUUCUUUGGAUCUGGGGCUAUGAAAUAUGAAAAUCACUUAAAAACUAGCUUCAGCUGAGUCAGUACUGCAUUUCGUGUUUCUGCUAAACAUAAAAAGUGCUUGCUCUCCUAAGCAAAGUCAUUUCUUCACUUCACUCUCAUUUACUAACCUUGUACUUCUGCUGGGAAUUGCCCCAAGACACAGUAGGUGAUGCGGGUGGUGCUGUGGUCUAAACCACUGACACUUGGGCUUGCCAAUUGGAAGGUCAGCGGUUUGAAUCCCCACAACGGGGUGAGCUCCUGUUGCUCGGUCCCAGCUCCUGACAACCUAGCAGUUCGAAAGCAUGUCAAAGUGCAAGUAGAUAAAUAGGAACCGCUCCGGCAGGAAGGCAAACGGCGUUUCCGUGCACUGCUCUGGUUUGCCAGAAGCGGCUUAGUCAUGCUGGCCACAUGACCCAGAAGCUGUAUGCGGGCUCCCUCAGCCAGUAAAGCGAGAUGAGCGCCGCAACCCCAGAGUCGUUUGUAACUGGACCUAAUGGUCAGGGGUACCUUUACCUUUUUACAGUAGGCAAAUGGUUUUCCUGCAUCACCACAAAAAAGAAGGGUACCACAUUGAGCAAAAGAUUUCUGCAUCGCAGGGAGUUGAACUAGAUCAGGGUUUUCAAAACUUGGGUCGCCAGUUGCUUUUGAACUACAACUCCCAUCAUCCCUAGUUAGCAGAACCAGUAGUCAGGGGUGAUGGGAAUUGUAGUCCAGCUGGAGACCCAAGUUUGGGAAACCCUGGACUAGAUGAUAGUUGUGGUCCCUUACAACCCAACAAUUAUAUGAGUCUGUGAUAGUUAUAUAGGUGGGGAAAUGGUCUCAGACCUAAGGGAAGAUUCAAACCCUAGUCAUGACCCACCAAUAAACUGCUACCAACUUGUUUGGGAGGUUUGCACCGCACAAGCUCUGUUGAAAUGAACAGGGGAUAUUUAGCUGUAGCACUUGUUAAAGUCCACUCAUGGCUAUUUCCUGCCCAUCUCUUUUGAGAAUUAGUCUGAUUUUGGCUCUUGGUUGCAUAGAUCAGCUAAGUCACCAUUAGAGAAGUUGCCAGGAAUGAAUCGGAGCGAUUUCUGAGUGAAAUGCUAUCUGGAACAGUCCAGCGGUUUCGUUUCAUUUGCUGUUGUCUUUACUACUACGGACUUCUGAACCUGCUGUUAUAAUCAGGUUUUAUAAUAUGGAACUGAUUUGGGAAGCCAGCAACGCACAACACUGUUCAAAGGAUGCCUUUUAAAUGCCUUCAUCUCUGUAUUCUCUCUUCCAGAUCAGAUCUAGCUUUCAGCAUGGAAGGCUAUGCCUCUGUGUUGCUGAACGAUGUCUUCACAGCAGCAAAUGGUGUUUACACAAAACAAAAAAUUGACCCCAAGGUAACUAUGUGGGGAUUUCAUUUCCGCGGAAAACCAAGGAAUGAUCAUCUUUGUUCUAAGAAUUUGUGAAUAUGUUCAUAGACAGCCUUAAUUAGGACUUGAGUAAGAUUGUGAAAGUCACCUUCAAUUUUGUACAUACUGUCCCUGCUAAGAGGUUGACAGUACAGCAGUUAAAUAUUUAGGUAUUUAGUUAAUCGUUUUCCAGCUUUGGCCUUCACACUGAUGUCAUGAUUCUAAAAGGAUGUGUCAUCUUUCUAAGAAGCCAGAAACAUCUCAGAAAAGGAAAUCUAAGAUUGGCUAGCUGCUAGAUCAAGAAGGAAACUGAUCUUUAUGCAAACAUAGACACAGGGAGCUUUGUAAAUCUGGGCUAAAGUCUUGGAAAAGCUGGGCUGCAUUGGGCCCAAGGAGUUGCUGCUAGGUUGACCAGCCCAUGAUUCAACUAUCAGCAAAAUUCAGUUAUCUCAUUAGCUUCUCUUGCCUUUACACUCCCUGUAUCCUUCAUUAGACUAAUUCAAGAGAUCUUCACAUAACUGUUACGAGAUCUUUUUGGAUUAAAAAAAAAUGCACAGUGUAUGGCAGCCAUGCAAUUUUUUUUGGAAUCUUAUUCCUCGAAUCCUUGCUGAACUCACUUUGGGAAGAUUUUUAACGGCCCUGCUGUGUUGCAGUUUGGAGAUGGUUAGAACAGGCACAUAACCACUAGAUAGUAAAAUCCAGGCCAUGUUUCUUCAUGAGAAAAAAUGAGCAGAGCAUAGUAGCAUGUAAAUGGGCUUUUACUGGCAGUUUCUUCCCCACCUGCUUGUAACAUAUUUCUCUUCCAUCCUCCCGCCUACUUCUCAAAUAUUGAUCUUCUGCUUCCUAGGAAAUCUACUUCUGUGUUUGCUAUCUUAGCCAUUUGCUGUCACCACCUUUGCUGGGUUCAGCUUGUUUUGGGGGAGGGAGGGUAGAAAGGAAGUUCACAUCAUAUAUGAUAGACAGAGCACCGGCUAGACAAAGCACGAUUGUUGGCAGGAGUGAGACCUUCUCGCCAUAUCACACUUGUGCUUCAGAGACCUGCACUGGUUUGAUUAUUUGCUACCAGCCCAGGUUCAAAACGUUACUAUUAGUAUGCAGAGCACUUAGGAACUUGGGACCAGUUUACCUGACAUAAUGUUUUACUCCAUAUAUUCCCGCUUGACUGCUUCUAUCUGCAGAACUUUUCCUAUGAUAAAGGUAAAGGGACCCCUGUCAGUUAGGUCCAGUCGCAGACAACUCUGGGGUUGCGGUGCUCAUCUCACUUUACUGGCCAAUGGAGCCGGCGUUUGUCCGCAGACAGUUUUUCUGGGUCAUGUGGCCAGCAUGACUAAGCCAGCAUGGCCAGCAUGGCAAACCAGAGCAGGGCACAAAAAUGCCAUUUACCUUCCCGGUACCUAUUUAUCUACUUGCACUUUUCGGCAUGCUUUCGAACUGCUAUGUUGGCAGGAGAAACGGGAGCUCACCCCAUUGUGGGGAUUCGAACCACCAACCUUCUGAUUGGCAAGCCUUCAGCUCUGUGGUUUAGACUACAGUGCCACCCAUGUCCCUUUUCCUAUGAUAGGUGCCACAUAAUCCCUGUUCAGCGUUUGCCAAAAAAUCAACCUUUUAGUAUGUCACCAACCACACUUUGCCUAUUGAUAUUAGGCAAGCAGCGUUUUGAUGCCUGCAAAAACAUUUUGUUUAGACAAACCUGCCUAGAUGCCUGGAAUGAUGAUGCAAUUUUUAGUUUAUUGCAGGGUUUAAUUUUUUUAUGUUUUAAAUCAUUGUUUUAAUUGUUUUUACCAAUAAGGUGUGUGUGUGUGUGUCUGAGAGAGAGAGAGAGAGAGAGAGAGAGAGAGAGAUUCUCUAUGUAAACCACUUUGAGGUCGCCAUCUGACCCCACCCCCACCCAUCUUCCCUCCCUCCACCUCCCCCCCCUUUUUUUCCCUUCUCCCCCUAAUGUCUCAACAAAUGAAAUGGAUUUGUAAAAAUGUUACAUGGAAAAAAUAUGAGGCAUUACACUUACUUCUGUAAAACAAGAAAAUCUUUAAUAAUAAUAAAAAAAGAUUGUAAGAUGUUUGAGUGUCUACUCCAAUUUUGGUCAGUUUUAACCAGGCCUACACAAGCAUUUCAUAGGUAGGACUUCACUGAGUUGAUUAUUUAGGAAGAAACCUCUUCUUACAGAAGCAUAUAUUACAGAAACUGCAAGCAUAUAUUAAAUGGAUGAAUUGCUUUCUUGCUAGAGUGCCGUUAGAUCUUUAAAUACAAAAUUCUCCCGUGGCUAUUGUGAUCUUUAACUAGCUUGUCAAACAGGUGUGUCUGUUUUAUACAGGAGCUGGGAAAAUAUGGAGUCAUUUUUUAUAAUGCCUGUUUUAUGGUAAUUCCUACAGUUCUCAUAAGCUUCUUCAGUGGAGACUUCCAACAGGUAAGCUGUGCUUGCAAACCACUUAAGUCAUUGUAAUACAUCCAUUGUCUUGGAUCCUCAUUUCUGUUCUCAGAAUGGUAGGAGUUUCUCUUCAGCUCAUGGAAAGAAGAUAACUUAGGAAAGUUUUGAGUAAAAAAAUUCAGGGAGAGAGGGUUUCCGGUGACCAUGUGCAGCUGGUCAACAAAGCCCAGGGUCAGCAUUAUGGAACGGUUCCCUAAAAUUCAUCAAGGCAGGCAUAAUUCUGACAAUGAAGGGAGACUAUAACCACUGGAAAUUAGAAGCAUGAUUGCAAAUAACAAUUGGCAACAAAAAAUGUAAAUUAGCAGUCUUUCUGCCCAAUCGAGAACAAGUGUGUUUUAAAUAGGGAAAUAUUUUAUGCAGAUGGUUUCAGGGGUUGCGUAGCAACACUUUUUGAAAGAAGAAGGGGUUAAUCCUUUGAAUCUUGCAGAAUCAAAGUCUUCCUGAAAAUGGCCAUUAAAGCCAAAUGUAAAUGGAAAGAAUUGAUCCAAAUUUACAAGAGGAGGGAGUUCCCCAACUGCAGAGCGGCCAACAGCAAACAAGUCCUCAUUAUGCAAACUUGGUGCAACAGGUUUGAGAAAUUAGAGAGAUCGCAAGUAAACAUGGGGCACAACUUAAAUUUCCUUUAUUUUAUCUUCUCUGCACAUUCUAAAUGCAUGUCUGGGUUUGAAACUGACAUGAAAACAGCACAUAUCUAACCUUUUGUGGGGGUCGUAAGGAAUAGGUCUUUAGAUCCAUCUUGAUUGCAAGAUGAUUCAAAAAAUGCUGGCAGUUAAAUUUAGAGCAGACAUCUUGGUGCAAUUCUCAAGCAUCAGAUAUAUCAACCUUGUCAUCUUUCUCUUUAUUUAACUGGGUUAUUAGAAUAUCUAUUUUCCAUAAAACAUACCUAAAACAUGUCCUUCUUUAUUUUUAUAGGCCACCAACUUCAAGGAGUGGACAAAUGUUUUAUUUAUCUUUCAAUUUCUUCUUUCCUGUGUACUGGGGUAAGGUGUCUUUGACAAGUAAUCGCUGGCUGGGUUUUUUGUUUUUGUUUUUGUUUUUUCAUCCGGCAAAUCUGCUAUUGACCUUUAUAUAGUCAGCAGGUUGGGAUUACAGCUAAUAACUACAGCAAAACCCUAGGAAGAUGAAGAAACCCGACUGGUUCAAAUAGGGUUUUAAUUCCCCAUCUUUAGGGCAACGCCCCAGUUUAUUUGCCAGGAAAUUCAGAACCAUGUACUCUGAAGCACAAGGAAGGUUGUGAAGGCGGUGGACUCUUCGUUGGAGGUUGGGUGGUUAUCUAUCAGGGAUCCUUUAGCUGUGACUCCUACAUGGGACUAGAUGAUCUUGGGGUCCCUUCCAACUCAACAGUUUUAUGACUCUGUGAUUAUAUGAUGCAGUGGCCCUCAUUUCAUUUGUCUCUGAGAGAGAAAUUGUCAGGCUUCUGGAAAUUCUAUCCCUCCCCCAGUGGCAGCAAGAAGCAAAGAAAACAAAGAAGAGUUCUGACUAAUGAGUUUAUUCAAUCAUCACAACGAGACAAAAGAAUGCAGUCUGUCUCCCAUUAAUGGCAUUGCUCCAACUGAGCUCGUUCCCUGUCCUUUCCUAGCAACAGCACUUUCCCUUAUGGUGGCCGACAGGGACUAAUUGUCUCUUGAGUCCUUUGCUCUUGUACUCUCAAUGGGUGCCGGGUUCUGGGAGAAGAGGGGUCAGAAAUACUCUCCAGUUAUAACAUGUCAGCAGGCUGCUCUGACUCUGUCUCCCCUUCCUCUUCUCCCAACACCUCCCAACUCUUCUGUUCACCUCUCUCUGAGCUGUGACCUUCCUCAAACCGCCGCUUUUAAUUCAAUGCAGUCGUACCUUGGUUCUCGAAUGGAAUCCGUUCCAGAAGCCCGUUCGACUUCCGAAAAAGUUCGAAAACUGAGGCGUGACUUCCAAUUGGCUGCAGGAGCUUCUCACACUCAAUCGGAAGCCGCGUCAGACAUUUGGUUUCCAAAAAACCUUUGCAAAUAGAACACUCACUUCCGGGUUUGAGUCGUUCAGGAUCCAAAACGUUCGAGUCGCAAGGUGUUCCAGAACCAAAGUGUGACUGUACUGCCUUCCAAUUCUCUGGAAGCUUCCGGAGAAGGGGAGUGGGCAUCUCCACCAUUCCUCCUCAAUCUCGUCCCCUUCAGUCCAGUCCCUGACAGCAAGUCGUGUGGCAGUUUUGGAUAGCCCACAUCAGGGUGGAUUUGAUUUAAAUCAAAUUGAUUUAAAUCACAAAAUCACUAGUCACUAAGGCUUGAUUUACAUCAUUUUUUUUUACAGAAAGACCCAUUCUUGCUGGUAUAAUCUUAAUAUUUACAACCAGAUGAAGGUUUCAUUUUUGGCAUAAUAAAUUUUCAGAGUAGUUUUUACAAUUAUAUCAAAAAUUACUGAUUUGGUUAUACUAUUAGAAAUACAUAGACAGAUCAUUAUUAAAUUACUGUGAGGUUUAAUAAGUUACCUAUUUAUAUUUGUACAACUUUUCUGCUGUACUUUAUUGGAAGGAGGAAAAUAAGAACAAUUCAAACAAUUUAUUUAACUAAAACGAAAACAUUAUAGCAUUAUGUAUCCAUGUUUGUUAACUGAUGUAGUUAAACAGUUUUUUACAAAAGAAAACUUAGACUGAGUUUUGGCGCACAUGAAAAGCUUAAAACAAACCCUUAUUUCCUGAUGAAUAGCCUUUGGACCAUAAUGUAACUUAAAUAGAAAACUAUCUUUAGUAAGAUUUUUCCUCCAAAAGCAUUUUAUUUUGAAAAUCACACACACAUAUAUAUAUAUAUAUAUAUAUAUAUCGGAUUUUAAUUUUUAAAAAAUUGGAUUUAAAUAAAAGAAGUCAGAUUUUUAAAAAUUAUUAUUUUUUAAAUCAUUUAUUUUUAUCCACUCUGGCCCACAUGGAACGAUGUGAAAAUUGUAUAGUCAAAGAUGGGUGGUGAAGUCCACAAAAGCACAGGUUUUUAUUUAAUCAUCUUAUACAUAAGUCUCCCAGCUCAACUUCUUUUAGAUCACGCUGGAGGAGUUAAAAAUAUAUACAGCCCUGUUUAAGAGGAGCAGUGAAAUGAUGGUAUCAUAAGUUUGCAAUCCUGUGCAUGCUUGCUUCUGGGAAAAGGUGCACAGGAUCAAGAUACUUUUUUUUUUUUUUUUACUUUAGGUUCCUUCUGAUGUAUUCUACAGUCCUCUGCAGCCAUUAUAAUUCUGCCCUCACAACCACAGUGGUUGGUGCUAUAAAGGUAAGCGAAACCAACAGGACCUGUUGAUGAGUGACAGCAUCAGAACUAGCUAUGGAAUCCAUUCAGAUUUCAUUUUCGUCUUCCGAUAGGGAAACUUAAUUUGUUUGAAGGACGGUGCAUUUGCUAAAGAGAAAUGGAUUCGGCAGGAAACGCCACAGAUGAUUCUUUUUGUGGGCGCGUGAAUUUUAUUUUGGUUAGCUCGUAAAAUGGCAGAGACAAAUCGUUCCUCAGCCUAUAUUAUCAUGAUAGGCAAACAGGCAUCUUGAAUCAGUAAAACAAACACCUAAGAGGUCCUGUUUCUAUACAAUAGGAGAAAUACAAGACGUAUGAAGGCUAGGUCUGGUCUGAGUAACCUUAUACAGGGAAUAAAUUGGAAGGGAGUGGAAUUACUGCUGAAGAUUCCAUAGGAUUUCUCCAGACAUGAUUGCUGAAGGGGAAACCAUAUUAGGACUCUUAAUCCUAAUGUCUGUGCUUAUCCGUACUAUGUGAUGCUAUGCUCUAUUGACAUUGUACUGCGGCAGUUCUUACCAUUUUUGCUUUCUUCGCCUCUCUUCUAUUUUUGGUAUUGUUAUUUUUGAAAAUCAAAAUUUAGAAAUAUGAUAAAGGUUUAUUUAUUUUGGGGAAGAAAAGCAAACCCUGAGAGGUGAACAAAGACGUAUUCAUUAAUUGCCCUUAAAAAAAAAACUUUAUCAUGAGAACUGGGGGGUUAUAAAUACUGUGGACAUUCCUAGGAUUCUAAAGGAUGUGGACAGUGCCAUCUUGAAGGCCAAAUACUUCUUAUCUGCAGUUUGUGCAGUUCAUAGCCUGAUGAGAUGUUACGCACUGAACAAAUAUCUCUUGUUUCCCCAGGAGGGGAACACAAUGUUUCAAAUGAAGGGAGAUUGCUGUGUGCAUUAAAAAACAGAACAGCAUUGGGGAAUCUUUUUAUUCUCCUGCCAUGGAUCCCACAUAUUAUUAUUAUUUCGAAGUUUUAUUGAGACAUACAGUGGUACCUCGGGUUAAGUACUUAAUUCGUUCCGGAGGUCUGUUCUUAACCUGAAACUGUUCUUAAUCUGAAGCACCACUUUAGCUAAUGGGGCCUCCCGCUGCCGCCGUGCCGCCGUAGCACAAUUUCUGUUCUCAUCCUGAAGCAAAGUUCUUAACCUGAAGCACUAUUCCUGGGUUAGCGGCGUCUGUAACCUGAAGCGUAUGUAACCUGAGGUACCACUGUAGUGGCCAUUACUGACAACCCAAAAGUACAUGUUAGUUUCAAUUCAUCAACAUUAGAUCAGAAUAUUUUCUUAAGUGCUUGUAAUUCUUGGGAACAAGUAUGCCUUACAGCACAGUGAUACUAGGAGAAUAUAAUAAUUAUAAUAAUAAUUUAUUUAUACCCCGCCCAUCCGGCUGGGUUUCCCCAGCCACUUUGGGCGGCUUCCAACCGAAUAUUAAAAACAAUACAGCAUCAGACAUUAAAAACUUUCCUCAAACAGUUGUCUUUUAAAAGUAAAAUAGUUGUUUAUCUCUUUGACAUCUGGUGGGAGGGUGUUCCACAGGGUGGGCGCCACUACCGAGAAGGCUCUCUACCUGGUUCCCUGUAAACUCACUUCUCGCAGUGAGGGAACCACCAGAAGGCCCUCGGCGCUGGACCUCAGUGUCCGGGCUGGAUGAUGGGGGUGGAGACGCUCCUUCAGGUAUACAGGACUGAGGCCGUUUGGGGCUUUAAACGUCAGCACCAACCCUUUGAAUUGUGCUUGGAAACAUAUUGGGAGCCAAUGAAGAUCUUUCAGGACCGGUGUUAUAUGGUCUUGGUGGCCACUCCCAGUCACCAGUCUAGCUGCCGCAUUCUGGAUUAAUUGCAGUUCCGAGUCACCUUCAUAGGUAGUCCCACAUAGAGCACAUUUCAGCAGUCCAAGCGAGAGAUAACUAGAGCAUCCACCACACUGGUGAGACAGUCUGUGAGUAGAUAGGGUCUCAGCCUGUGUACCAGAUGGAGCUGGUAAACCGCUGCCCUGGACACAGAACUGACCUGCGCCUCCAUGGACAGCUGUGAGUCCAAAAUGACUCCCAGGCUGCGCACCUGGUCCUUCAGGGCACAGUUACCCCAUUCAGAACCAGGGAGUCCUCCACACCAGCCAGCCCCCUGUCCCCCAAGAACAGUACUUCUGGCUUGUCAGGAUUCAACCUCAAUCCAUUAGCUGCCAUCCAUCCUCCAACCGCCUCCAGACACUCACACAGGACCUUCACCGCCUUCGCUGGUUAAUAAGUUAAAGCAUGCCUCUUUAUUUUUUCAGAAUGUGUCCAUUGCUUACAUUGGAAUGCUAAUUGGUGGAGACUAUAUCUUUUCCGUGCUGAACUUCAUAGGGCUCAAUAUCUGGUGAGUGGGGGUUUUGAAUUGCAUGUCCAGUUCACACGGCGGACAGGAGACAUGGCUUUCUGACCGUGUGUGUGUGUUCUCUGCUUUCCCCCUUCAGCAUGGCAGGAGGUCUGAGAUACUCGUUUCUAACCAUACGGGGAAACGACAGUCCUAAGAUCUCCACAGAUGAAGAAAAAGCAUUGCCAGGUGCCAAGAGCUAG